CUCCCAGCCGGCUCCCAUGGAUGGUGUACACGCUGUCGCCAUAGCAACUGGGCCAUACCACACCAUCAGAGGAGGGGGCCGGCGAGUUCCAUGCCCCUCAGGCUGGAAGAAGAGCAGCGGUCGGAGGCUUAGGCCAGACAGGCUGCGGUGGGGGACCAGAAUGCGUCCGAGGUCGAGGGGUUAUUUAUCCGAGAAGCGCCCCGUGAAGCUUCCCGGCCCUGCUGGCGGGAGGAAGUAAUGGUCGGGCCCCGUUUCCUCCCCGCGCCGCGGCUGCUUCCGGGAGACCAUCAUGGGGGAGUGAGACGCCGCGCCGCAGGCGGAGAGUGGAUGGCCCGGUGGACUGUCGCCCUCCCGAGUCUCUGCGAAGCGGCCCCCGUCUCCCCAGGGAGCGGCCGACGGGUACAUGUUCCGGGCGGCUGAGCCCAGCCCGAGCAGACCUCCGGCCGCCAGAAAGAGCUGGCAUUUCAGCAAGACUAUGGAGGAGCUCGUUCAUGAUCUGGUCUCAGCACUGGAGGAAAGUUCAGAGCAAGCACGAGGAGGCUUUGCAGAUACAGGAGAUCAUUCUCGCAGUGUCUCUUGUCUUCUAAAACGCCAGGCCCGAAAACGAAGGGGACGAAAAAGGCGCUCCUUUAACACCCAUCAUCCAUGGGAGACUGGACAUUGUUUAAGUGAAGGCUCUGAUUCUAGCCUUGAGGAACCAAACAAGGAUUAUAGAGAGAACCACACUAAUAAUAAGAAAGACCACAGUGACUCUGAUGACCAACUGUUGGUUGCAAAACGCAGACCAUCUUCAAAUUUAAAUAACCUUAGAGGCAAAAGGCCUCUAUGGCAUGAACCUGAUCUAGCAGUUGAUAAUUUAGGAAAUAGGACUCUGCGUAGAAGACGAAAAGUGAAACGCAUGGCAAUAGAUCUACCUUCAGAAGUAACAAACACACUGACAUUACCUCAGCAGCAGGAUAACAUUAAGGAUCAGGAAAUGGACAACGAUCAUAGGUCUUGCCAACAUCAAGAGCUAGCAAAGAGCAAAGUUAAAAAAAGGAAACUAGCCACAAGUAGGCAAGGACCAGAAAUUUUGGAUGAAGGAGUGGUCAUAGAGAAUGACGAAAUCAACCAGACAAGCAAAGAUAAAAUGGACUAUGAAGAACAAAAGGGCUCGGAUGAAAACAUGAGUGACAGCGAAUCAAGUAGCCUGAGUAGUAGUGAUGCUGGUUUAUUUACCAAUGAUGAGGGAAGACAAGGUGAUGAUGAGCAGAGUGACUGGUUUCAUGAAAGUGAAUCUGGAGGUGCCUGUGGGAUCACUGGGAUCAUUCCCUGGUGGGAAAAGGAAGACUCGGCAGAACUGGAGAAAGAGUUGCCUGAUCCAGUCUUUGAAAGUAUCUUAACCGGCAGUUUCCCUCUUAUGUCCCAUUCAGGCAAGAGAGAUUUCCAAAAAAGAUUUAGUCAUCUUCAUGGAAUGCCAGCAAGGAGCAUCAAAAAAGCUGUAGGAAACCAAACUGCAAUGAUUACUACUCCAGGUUCAUGUAGUAACAAGAAAGCUGCACACUUGUCCCAGGACUCUCAUCACCAUGACCAUUGGUUUAGCCCUGGGGCUAGGAAAGAACAUAGCCAGCUUCAACUGCUGCGGGACAACCGGUCAGAGAGAGGACACAAGAAAAACAUCUCCGUGAAAACAGCAAGCAGACAAACAAGUGUCCAUUUAGGAUCCUUAUGUAUGGGAGAUAUCAAACGAAGGAGAAAAGCUGCACCACUGCCAGGACCCACUGGGUUUGUAGGUGAAAAUGCUCAACCAAUCUCAGAUAGCAACAUUGGCAAUAGGAUGCUCCAGAGUAUGGGCUGGACACCUGGCACAGGCCUUGGACCAGACGGCAAAGGGAUAGCUGAACCAAUCCGAGCAAUCCAGAGGCCAAAGGGACUUGGACUUGGAUUCAGCUGACCAAAAGGCACUCCAGCUGCUGCUCAGUCAUCAAGACGAUCAACCUUAACUUUGAAAUAACUGAGAAUAUUUUAUCCAGCUGUUGUCAAAACAUCCCGUGAUUCUUACUGUAACUUUUGAAUACAGAAACAUCAGUGUUUUCUCUUACAGCUGCAAGGGCCAGCCAUUAGGUCAGUCCUGAUGUCCUAACUCUGUAAUGGUGCUAACAUUUUAAAUUGUACUUUUUAAAUUUUCUGUGGUCUUAACGAUUUCUAUUGUCAAAAAUUCCAACAACUGAUUAGAUUGUUUUCUAUUUCCCCAGUUAGAGCUUAGCCAACUUGCACUCAAGUUGUCUCUUUCCAGCUCCCCUUUAUAAAAGACCAUUUUUGCUAGCUGAAAUUAGCAUGGAGAAUUAACCCUAGGGAAAGUGUAGUGUUACUAUCUAGGUGGUGAAGGUGCAAGCACUGUGCUGUGUAUCUUACAUCCAUUUCAGUAAGGCUUGUGUGGGACCUCUGCAUAAACCACAUUACAUUAAUUGCAAGCUACAUCACAGAAGUGCUUGCUGGGCUGUCCACCAAGGAGAACAUGGAUAGAGAACCGCUUCAAACAUGGGAGGCACAGCUAGAAAGUAGGAAUGGCAGAUUUCACGUUCUUGAAAGAUGGCAGCCCUGUCUCUAUAGUGUUCUAGCUAUUAUUUUCCAUCUAACCUCUGACACCUUAAUGGACAGUUGUCCUUCAUGUGUUUGCCCCAUUUCAGGACAAAGUUUCAUUUGAUAUUUCCUGUGGAUUACAGUAUUUUCAGAUGAGCUAACCUAAUAAUCCUUUGCUCCCCAGCAUGCAAUUUUGUGCAAGGAAUGCAUAGCAAAUUGCAGGUUUCUCUUCCAACAGUUGCAGCAUGUUAACUCCAUCCUCUUCUCUUGCCUAACUACUCAUCUUCCAACUACAGUUUUAAUUGGAUUUUGCAUCUUAGAUGGUCUUAUUUUAAAAGCAAGGAUUAUGGUAUUGCUAUCUUUCUCCCAAUCACUGUGAAUGUGUAUCUUAACCCAUUGAUAGCUAUGUGGAUUUAAAAUGGGACAGUAUCCUUAGAGUCUGUCAAUUUUAGGUAUAAUUUGGGGGUAUAUUUCCUAACUGACAAAUGGUGGCUUCCUGAGGGUACUUACCCUCUUCCCAAGCAGAUAUUCUAAAAGAGAGAGAGAGAAACCUGAAAUAGUAAAGUAAGCAAUGCUUUGGUAAUAUCAACAGCCUUAACUUCCAGCUUAAUAUUUUUGCUUAUCUUGUGCUGACAGUUCAAAUCCAUUAAAGAGGCCAUCUUUUA